UACAGUUUUGAUACUUUUGAAAACGUUUUAUAUUAUUUUAAUAUGGCAAAUCAAACAGCUGGUUUAUAUUUACAGUGUUUGAUCGGGAUGCAGUGCAAUGAUUUCACAAUGAUUGCGGCCGAUCAAACAAAUAUACAGGGCAUAUUUGUUCUCAGAGAUGACGCAGACAAGCUCCAUGAGGUAACAAACAGUCUAGUGAUGGGUGUAAUCGGAGACCCGGGAGAUGCAGCACAAUUCGCGCAGUUCGUGUCUAAGAACACGCAAUUGUACAAAAUGAAGAAUGGGUAUCCAUUGGACACGGCUGCAGUAGUUCACUUUACUCGGAAGAGCUUGGCUGGCUCGCUGAGGGAGGGAAAACCGACGAUGGUGAACAUGCUCUUAGCUGGUUACAAUGAGACGACUGGAGGAGAACUCUACACGAUAGACUUCCUCGCGUCCUGUGUGAAGGUCCCGUACGCGGUCCACGGGUUUGGUGGCCACGUCUGUCUCGGGAUCUUGGAUAAAUACUACAGUCCUAGAUUAUCAGAGUCAGAAGGGUACGAAGCACUGAAAUCCUGCAUACAGGAGAUUCAUCAACGUUUAUUUGUGAAUCUACGGAACUUCCAAGUGAAGUCUAUUUCCAAGUCAGGUGUGAAAGUGUUGCCAGUUAUAAACCCGGCCACGUUUAUUACCGGAAAAUGAUUAUAGGUUAUAUAUAUUUUGUGAUAAAACACAGAUUUUUGGUCACACAUGA